AUGUGGCCGCGAGCCGCGUUCCGCUCCCUCACCUCCCAUCCCUCUCCAUCCUCCCCUCAGCUCAAGCAGUCCACAGCCCGUAUCGCCUCCUCCCUCUCCGCCCCUCAUGGCGCCACUUCGCCCGCCGCCCUCCUGACUGUCGCCGCGCGCGUCUUAUCGCCGUCGCGCGCACACUCCUCGUCGCCCGCCUCGCUGCCCGAGCGCGCUGUCUUUGAAGGCGACCGCCUCACGGGGGCGGAUGGAGAGAGCGGUGACGCCCCGGGGGCAGAUUUGCCGAGUCGGCGCAUGAAUGUGUUCACGGCGGUGAACGAUGCGCUCUUCAUCGCACUCGACUCCGACCCCAGGUCGUUCGUGUUCGGCGAGGACGUGGGCUUCGGUGGCGUCUUCCGCUGCACCUCGGGACUCUCAGAGCGGUUCGGCCGCCACCGAGUAUUCAACACGCCGCUCUGCGAACAGGGCAUAGCGGGCUUCGCCGUGGGUCUCGCUGCCAUGGGCAACACGGCGAUAGCGGAGAUCCAGUUCGCGGACUACAUCUUUCCUGCAUUCGACCAGAUUGUGAACGAGGCGGCCAAGUACCGCUACCGCAGUGGCAACCAGUUCAACUGCGGAGGGCUGACGAUCCGAGCGCCGUACGGGGCGGUGGGGCAUGGGGGGCACUACCACUCGCAGUCGCCAGAGGCCUUCUUCUGCCACGUGCCAGGCCUCAAGGUGGUGGUGCCGCGAGGGCCCGUGCAGGCCAAGGGGUUGCUGCUGUCUGCCAUCCGCGAUGCCAACCCCUGCAUCUUCCUCGAACCCAAGUGGCUGUACCGCCUGGCAGUGGAGCCCGUACCCCUGCACGACUACAUGCUACCGCUCUCCUCCGCUCAGGUAGUGCGGGAGGGCACGGACGUGACAGUGGUGGGAUGGGGGGCGCAGCUGGCGGUGUUGCUGCGAGCAGCAGAGGAGGCUGCCCAGGUGGGCAUAUCGUGUGAGGUCAUCGACCUGCAGACGCUGCUGCCCUGGGAUGCUGCCACCGUUGAAGCCUCCGUCAGCAAAACCGGCCGCCUCCUGGUGAGCCACGAGGCGCCUGUGACGGGUGGAUUCGGUGCGGAGAUAGCGGCCACCAUCACCCACCGCUGCUUCCUCCGGCUGCAAGCCCCAGUGGCACGUGUGUGCGGGCUGGACACACCCUUCCCGCUUGUGUUUGAGCCCUUCUACCUCCCAACGCAGGACAAGAUCGUGGAGGCUCUGAAACAACUCAUCCAGCGUUGCGUUGCAGCCCACGGCUGGUUGCUGUUGCUGCAGCCGGAUGGCUCAUCGGGAACCCGCUCGUCGGCUCGUGGCCUCCCGCACUACUCAAUCGCGGUGUCCCGCAAACGAACAGGGGACGGCAUCGGCGCCUGCGGGUGGAGAGAAAUGGAGGGAGAUGAAGCAGCGAGCAGAGCGAGACUCUACGCGCGCUGUGUCCCUUGCCUCCUCGCACACACACACAUAGACACCCCUCCGUCUUCCCUGUUCGCCGACCUAUCAGCUCAAGCGCCAAUGGCGGGGAGACUACUCAAGGCAAAGGUGUUUCUUGUGGAUGAAACAUUCGAGGAGGUGGAGUACGAUGAGUCCAAGACGGCUGCGGAUAUCUUGGAGAACGUGGCGAGCAGAAUUGGCCUGGGGGAGUUCAAAAGGUUCGGGCUCUUCGAGCACCGGAGGUGCACCAACGACAGCACAGGAAUCUUCUCGAAUGACUACACGGGCAUUGACGAGGGCGCUAGAUUGGCGGACGUAAUGGCCGCCCUGAUGAGCUCCACGGGGAGUAGCGAGCGGCAAGUGGAGCGGCGCCUCAUGCUGCGCAAGAAGUCUUUCCGGGACGGGGAGGAGGCGAUAACGGACCCGCUGUUCAUCCGGCUCUGUUAUUUCCAAGCUAGGCAGGAAUACGAAGAGGACUAUCCCACGCCUCUGGAUCUCGUGGCGCAGCUCGCAGCGCUCCAUCUAGUUCUGGACCUUGGCUUGCUGCCUGAGUCUGAAGUAGCGCUCACAUGUUUUUGCCUUCCCUUCCUCUCUCCCUCCCUCCCUCCCUCCCUGCCUCCCUCGCUCCCUACCUCCCUGCCUACCUGCCUCCCUCCCUCCCCCGCCCCUCCCUCCGUCCCUCCCUCCCUCACUUCCUCCGUCCCUCCGUCCCUCCCUCCCUCCCUCCCUCCCUCCCUCCCUCCCUCCCUCCCUCCCUCCCUCCCUCCGUCCCUCCCUCCGUCCCUCCCUCCCUCCCUCCCUCCCUCCCUCCCUCCCUCCGUCCCUCCCUCCCUCCCUCCCUCCGUCCCUCCCUCCGUCCCUCCCUCCCUCCCUCCCUCCCUCCCUCCGUCCCUCCCUCCCUCCCUCCCUCCGUCCCUCCCUCCCUCCCUCCCUCCGUCCCUCCCUCCCUCCCUCCCUCCGUCCCUCCCUUCCUCCCUCCCUCCGUCCCUCCCUCCCUCCCUCCCUCCGUCCCUCCCUCCCUCCCUCCCUCCGUCCCUCCCUCCCUUCGUCCUUUUCGCCUCCCCCUUCCUUUUGUUCUUUCCACGUCUUCCCUUUGUCUCGUUCUCCCAGAAUCGGGCAAGCGCAGGUGGAGCAAAGGAUCCCCGUGGAGAUCCGACCCAUGAAGGAGCAGCGAGAGUGGCACACGGACGUGCUCACUCGCUACAACGCGCUGUGGAGCUGCGUAACAUCCUGCAGGUCGACAGCACCGCCGCCGCGGUGUUCUUCACCUUCCGCAUGGCGGGAGUGCCGAACGUCUACCAGUUCAAGAGUGCGCAGGGCGAGGAGAUCUGCCUCGCCAUCCAGAUGCACAUCAAUGAUGUCCUCGCUCGCCGCUUUGCUAGGCGCCAGAAUGCAUUGGGGGGGGCCUCUGGUAGGGGUGGGGCGGCUGGGGAGGGGGGUACGGCAUUGGAGCUGAGCUUGAGAGCAGAGCGGGAUGACCUGGCAGCAAGGCUGGCAAUUGCCGAGCAGCAAUUGGAGGAGAUCCGGGCGGCAGGGGCCCAGCCAAGCGAGGAGGUGGAGGAGAAGGAGGCGCAGUGGGGGAAUUGGCAGGAAAUCAUGAAGGAGCUGCAGGAGCUGAGGGAGAUGAAGGUGGAGAUGGAGCGGAACCGAGUGGAGGAUGUGGAGGUGAUACAGCGGCAGGGCAAGCGGAUAGCGGAGCUGGAGGAGAUGGUGCAGCGCAAUCGGGACUUUAACAUGGUGCAGGACAUGAAGGGGAAGAUCCGGGGCGAAGGGCAGGGCAUGGGGCAGCAACAUUGCCAUGUCAGCACGGGCAACAACAUGAGUCUGCUGAAUGACGCCAGGACACAAGCUCUGGAGUCGCAGCGGAAGGCGGUGCAGGAGGAGCUGAAGACGGUGGGCGGGGGAAUAGAGGAGCAGGCACAGGCAGCUGCAGGAGAGCACUCAAAGCAGAAGGACUCGCUGCGCUGCACGCCGCAGUCGGGUCGCGCAGAGGAGCAUGUGGUGGCGCCCCCCCUCACCACCCCAUGCACACCGCUCCUUGCACCCACACCGGUGCCUGGCGUUUCGGAGGGGGAAAUGAAUCUUCCCGUGCCCACAGCACCGCAUGCUCCAACAAAGAGACGCCUUGAGAGGGUGGAGCGGGUUCUGCAUGUGGUGGAGGACGACUUGCAGAGCAGGGAUGUGAUGCUGCAAGAAGUGACGGCAGAUAGGGACCGUCUGCAGGGGGAGGUGGAGCGACUCAAUGGUGUGGUGGAGCGACAAAGUGCGGCGCAGGAACUCAAUGACACGGUGCAGCAACUCAUUGGCAUGACGGAGAGGGAGAGGGAGAAGAGAAAGGCCGCCGAGGCAAAGCUGCAGGCCCGCGGAUGGUAA